CGCGCGUUCUCGUUUACCGCGAGAUAAAGCGAGAGGGAGGCGACAAUAUUCGAUCGCUUGGAUUCGCAAACAGCGUUUAGUGUGUGUUUUGUGCAAUCGUUAGUAAUCCGUCGUCAUCAUGUCUUUCCGAGGAAACGAAUGCAGGAUCUACGUUGGGAAUUUGCCCCCUGACAUCAGGAGCAAGGAUAUUGAGGAUUUGUUUUACAAAUUCGGCAAGAUAACGUUCAUCGACUUGAAGAAUCGCAGGGGUCCGCCAUUCGCUUUUGUUGAAUUCGACGACCCAAGAGAUGCAGAGGAUGCAGUGCAAGCCCGGGAUGGCUAUGACUAUGAUGGCUACCGCUUGCGUGUCGAAUUCCCCCGGGGCUCGGCCCCCGGACGGGGUAGCAUGGGACCUGGCCGCGGUAGGGGACCCCCUGCCCGGAGGUCUCAGUACAGGGUUCUUGUUUCAGGUUUGCCCCCUAGUGGCAGUUGGCAGGACCUGAAAGAUCACAUGAGAGAGGCAGGCGAUGUGUGCUAUGCUGAUGUGUUCAAGGAUGGCACUGGUGUAGUGGAGUUCCUCCGCUAUGAGGACAUGAAGUAUGCUGUCAAGAAGCUGGAUGACUCUCGCUUUCGAUCCCAUGAGGGUGAAGUGUCGUACAUCAGAGUGCGUGAAGACUACAGCAGCCGUUCGCGCAGCCGAAGCCGCAGCUACUCCCCACGUCGCUCUCGUGGUUCUCCCACGUAUUCACCAGCCCGGCGCUCUGGGUCACGAACACCCUCACGUUCUCGGUCCUGUUCACACUCCAACUGAGCUGGGAACUUUGAUGGUGUGAAAUACGGUGGACAGCACUAUGCGCUCGACAGGCAACCUUUCGAAUCCCAUUUUUCUCCUUUGGUGAACCUUCAUUGUAGCUUCACUUGUAUUUUUGUUCCUUGCAUUCUGGUGGAUGUUUAGAAUUCCCUGUGAAGUGAUGCUGCUUUGUUUCAAUUUGGGCCAUGACCCUAAGCUACAAACUUAUUGUUGGUCAAAACUUGGCAAAAACAAAAUCAGCUGGCCCUCGUUAGAUUUCUUUUUCCAACUCCAGAAUACAUCUCAGAGGCAUUCUUCAAAGGUUUAAUUUUAAUGGCUGGCUUCUAAGUCUAGUAAGGUGUGCAAAAGCAAGUGCAGAACCUGUCAUGCCGAUUCUUGAUCGUUCAGAAUAUUUUUUUUCCUUACAUUGCACACACAUAGCUUCCUUUUUUGUAAACCAUUUAGUGCUUGAUGCAAAUAGGUCUGCUUAAAUCGUGUGUCGCUUUUGUAACGUGGGCUCGUCAUUGUUUUUGCAUUACCGUCAUCACCUUUUGUUGGCCCACCGUUUCGUAACAAGAUGUGUACAGAUUGUGUUGGCAGUUCAUGUUUUUCUUGAUCACCAAAGUAGCGCACAUGCAGCACACGUAUACAUCACCUGCACUUCUCAGCCUGCCCAUUUGUAUGUGGGCACAUCACGCAUUCAACUCUCGAGUUGUCACUAGCUGCCGCAAAAGCACAUUUCAGUAUGUGUGUGUGUGAUGUGUGUUUUUUUGUCAGAGCAAAAAAAAGAUUGUCUUGUGAACGGCGAUGCCCAUCUCUUGUCUCAAUCUGUUUGUCUGUCUAGAUGCCACAAAACGGGAGGAUGGCACACGUCGCUGAGGAUCACUAAAGUGGAUAUGUUUGCGGACACGCACAUUCGGAUCGGAAGAGCUUAGCGGGAGGAAUGUGGAAAGGUGUGAUGUCGCCCCGCCGAGGAUUUGGCAAGGCGCACACGACAGGAAGGGGAGAAAAAGAAAAUGCUUUCUGUAGAGCAAGCGCUGGUUCGGGGAGCGCAAGAGGACAGCGCUGGGAGAAGUGGCUUGCACACACAGGGAGGAGGAGAACACGCCGCGUAGCGCAUAGGAAGGAGCGGCACACGUCCUGCACACAGGAGACGGAAUUGGUCAUCAGGAUUUCGGAGCCUCGUCUCAGGGUAGGCCCCUCCCUCAAACCACCCCGCAUUGUCGCUCGCUCACCGUUGGGCUGGCCUGCCCGCUGUCUCGAUUGCUCCCUUUUUGUCUCGGGGCUUUGCCGGGUCAGGGCUGCUUAAGUUAGCAAUAGUGGCUUUAAUUCGUCGGCCCCUACACUCCUUCCCGCUUCUGUUUUGCCGCUUUUGUGCGGGGAUGCAGGUUCAAUACCAUGUCAGUGUACAUGACCUUGGUGUGGGUACUCACUAACCUUGCGUGUUCACUCACAUUUUCGCCAUUUCCACACUGGUCUAACAGGCUCUUCUAUGCCCUUUCAAAUGAAAUGAACAUUGAGGUGCAGCUGUUCAUUAAUAAAGGUGCUAGGUGGUUCCAGCCUUGUGUUUGGUAGUCACCGCGGGUUCACUUUCCUGCUCCAAUGGCUUAAAGGGAAAGGUGGCCUUAAGCCCGGCAAAGCACCUCGACUUGCAAACAACAGGUGACUCCGUUCAAGAUGAGUGCCAGGAGAUUGCUAGUGCUGGGCAUUUUAUCUGUGGCAGUCUUACUACCAAGACGUGGAAUAAGUCUCGUUCCACGUCACCAUCGGAGACAAAUGCGUGUUUUGUUAUCUUGAGGGGAGUCGCUUGAUUUGCAUGUUGUUUUCAAAAUUUUUGCAGACUCUUUGUAACACUGCAUUUAAAAAGUGCUGUGCUUAAUGGUCCAUAGAGUGGUCUAUCUAGAUUAGGUUGUCUCCCACAUGGAUUAAGUGACCGUCAUAGGGAAAUGUCUUGUGGCGAUUUGCUAUGUCAUAAUUGUAAGUGAUGCCUUGCUGUAGUAAAUCUGUUGCCCCUGCCCAAGGAAUAAGGGACAAAAUGUAUCUUGGCCUUCAUUCAUAUUUGCAUCUUAAGUGUAACGUUUUGUUAAUGUAUCAUAAGGGUUGGGGGAAGCCGUACAUGCCACUCUGCUUUGCUAACCGUCCUGUCCUGUUUUCUUGCCAAAGGUCUCACUCCUGACGAGGAGGAGGACUGACACGCAGGGGUUCAGGACCUGUUUACACUCGUGUGUGGAAUCUGGAUCAAUAGGAUUGGAUGGAAUUCAGGAUUGGAUCCACACAUGGCAGGAUGCAAACAGGUGCCGUAAGAGUUGCGCAACUGGGGCUGGAUGGCGGGGUGGGCGAUUGUGGCUAGUAGAUGCUUUGGGAGGGGUGAUGGGCUCUCUGCAGCUGUUUGCAAUGCAGUACUUUUUUUUAAUGUCAAUUUGUAGCUGUAAUGUACUGCUCAAACGUAGCUUUAAUCGUAUACUCUCACUUAGAAUUGUGCAAUCAAUUGUAGGUGUAGUUUUAAACUUCUAUACAAUCAAAGAUCUUGCUUUAGGUGAUGGUUUUUCAGGACUUGUCUGAUGAGGUGAGUAUGAACGUGGGGGCAGUACGGCAUCUGAAAGUGGCAAUACAGUGGCAACUUAGAGAAGGGCAAGCUAGCCUGUAGACAUUGUAAUCAGUGUUAAGAUCAUGAAUUUGAGUUGGCAUUAAAAUUGACCUCUGGUUUGA